AUGAAAAUGCUUUCAUCUGACCCAUAUAGUGAGUUUAUAGUGUCACUGAAGGGAGAUGAUGAUGGAGAGGGAGGAUUCAUGUACCAAUGCUCUCUCAAGUUUGGUUACACGGAGAAGUAUCCAGAUGAAGUGCCUAACAUUGAAGUCAUUUCCCUUGAAGGACUUCCAAUGGGAGAGGAAGACCUUCUACUGCAACAUCUCCAGCAGAUAGCUGAGGAGAGCCUGGGCAUGGUGAUGAUUUUCACCCUAGUCUCGGCAUCCCUUGAGUGGCUGGGAGCAACCUGUGACCGCAAGCAGAAAGAAAUGGAGGAAGAGCGGGACAGGAAGGUGAGGGAGAAGGAGGAGUCUGAAUUGAGGCGAUUUGAGGGUACCAAGGUCACAGUGGAGACAUUCUUGGCUUGGAAGGAACAAUUUGACGCUGAAAUGUAUGCUCUCAAAAAGCAGAUCAAGGAUGAUCCAUCCUCCAAGAAGCUCACCGGGAAGCAGUUGUUUCUGGCCAACAAGAGCUUGAAUGAGUCUGACCUCAAGUUCUUGGAAGAAGGUGAUGAUAUAAUCUUGGACCUGUCAAAAAUGGUUCACAUUCUGCUUCAUGAAAUGAGUCUUAAUCAAUUCAUUCUGUCAGGUGAUGGAGAUGUGAAGGCGCCUCCAGGAGCGGUCACAAGUGAGCAGCGUCAUGAGGCUGAGAGAGUCUUCCUUCAGUUUCGCAAAGCCCAAAACCCUUUUGCCCUGUGCUUUGCUAUCUUUGAGCGGAGCACAUCCCAUUAUGUGCUGUUUGAGACAGCAUUAGUGAUCCGGAACUCUGUGACUCGGGACUGGAAGCAUCUCCCAGAGGCAGACAAGGUAUCACUCAAGGAGUGCCUCAUGCAGUAUGUCCUGCAAAGACCACAGCUCCCAACUUUCCUUCGUGACCGCAUCCUCCAUGUGGUGGCGGUGAUGGUGAAACGGGAGAGUAUUGAUGAUGGUGGGGCACAGCGGACAGCCCUUCUCAACCAGGUCCUUCAGCUUGUUUCUGAAGGCAAUAACUCCAUGAGGAUGUUGGGAUGUGCCCUCAUGAACUGCCUCCUCCAGGAAUAUGCCAUUACGCUAAAGUCAUCUGAUGUUGGCCUGCCCUGGGAAUCCCACUUUGAGGCAAAGAAGCAGUUUGAGGUGACAGACCUGAUUACAGUCUAUCGCUUCACAUUGGAGGUGUUGUCUGAACUGGAGAGGUUGGGAUCCCCACUUGCACAAGAACAAGUUGUUCUCCUGUCUCGCUUCCUUGGCCUUGCUGAUUCUGUUCUCUCCUGGACCUUCAUCUCCUACUUCCGACAUAUCCUUUCCAUCAUGGCGGAAGACCCCGUUCUUCACAUUCCUUUCAUAUCCUUGAUGAAAUGUGAUCCACUGCCAAAGAAGGUGAUGAGCACUUAUGAAACGGACCAGAAUCUCUCUUUCCGUCCACCAGUAACCUGGAAGGAUCUCAUUUUAAACCCUGAUGCCAUCCAGCUCUUCUUCAAGCUAUUCCUGAAGGUGCAAGGAGAUGUAGCACUGUCCCACCAAUUGAACACCUGCCUCCUGCAGCUGGCAUCCCUAAAUGGUCCCUUGGUAGCAGAGCCUGAGGACGCACAUACUUACCUGGCAAACUUCCUGCAUGGGUUUUUCCUCAUCACAACUUCAUCAUUGUCUGGGCUGGAGGCGAUGGGGAUCACAAAUGUGUUGCGUCGUCUGCUUCUCUAUUUCCCUUCAUCAUCCAUUGCCAGCCUCCCCAAGGAGCUCCACAACACAUUUCGUGGGCGCCUCACAGAGAUCACUUGUUGCGUCAUCCUCCAGGCCACCAAGGAAGAUGUGGAUGGAGCAGAAGAUCCUAUGUUUAUGGAAGCCCUAGAGCGAGUCCUUCAGGCAUGGAUCAUUCUUGUGCAAGACAUCCAGUCCCUCCCUACUGCUGAAUGGAUGCCUUCCAUUGUCCAGGUAUUUGAGACCUAUGUCCAGUGCCACCUGGUUCCUCCAGAAGGGAUGCGGGGUAUGAGGCGUGAGGAGGCUGAGGAUGAACUUGCUGAUGAGGAUGAGGAUGAUCGAACCAAGUUCAAGGAUCAGCUGAGCACCAUUGGGCUGUUUGGGCGGAACAUUCCUGACAGGGCCAUCCCACUCCUCUGUCGCCUCCUGGAAGCUCGAGUUGUUCGCCUCCAGCAGCUCCUCUCCUCUGGCCAGACAGAUGAGCAUCUCCUCUUUCUCUAUGAAGAUCUGCAUUGGCUUCUCCUAAUUGCUGGAAACGUGGUAUCCCUGCACUAUGAAGGGGAACAGGUGAUGAUCCCCAGUGAGAUUAUGGAGUAUGGAGUAAGACUUUAUCAAAGUCAACAGGGUUCUUCUGGUGCAGAACCCCCACCAGACUUUCCUGGUCUCUCUGUCACACAGGCCCCAAUCCUGGGCCAGAGCCCUGAUCUUCUUCUCAGGGUAUUCCGUGCUGGAAUGGCAGUGAUGGAAGUGACAGCACGUGGCCUGGAAGCAGGCCUAUCAGGAGUUUUGUCACCCAUGCUCACCCAGUCAACGCUGUGGUUCCUGGCCCGUUUUGCCUCAUCCCACCUCAUGCCCACUGAAACCUACUACCUUGAGAUGGCCAUGAACAUUGUGGGGGCAUUUGGUCAGGAUUCUUCUGGGGCACGGUGGACCAUUGAGUUCCUCCUAUCUGCUGUGUCGAGCCUUGUGAAGCGGUGGAGCUCAGAAGAGAAGGUUUUGCUUGAUGCAGUGGAUCUCUGUCUCACACUUGCUGAGAGCAAGGACAAAGCGGGAGUGAUGAUGGAGUCAGAGCAGUUAUGGGGAUUGGUCCAUGCUCAUCAGAAGAUGGAACUUGGAACACUACCUCCCAAGGUUCACCGAGGACUCAUGAAGGUCUUUGUUCUUGCAGCCAGCUCCAUCAAGACCCAGGAACCAAAAGAGGAUUGCUUCCGGAAGCCUAAAGGGAAAGUAAUAUACUCGGGGAUGGCUGGAAGAUCUCGCCUUAGCAUUGCAGAAAGGGUACAAAUAGUCAAAUGGCAUGCUAAGUAUGAAAAUGUGACAGAAGUGCAACAGCAGUUUGAGAAAACUUUUGGGCGUCGUCCCCCAGAACGGAAAUCCAUUGUAGCUCUAGUCAGAAAGUUCGAUACCACUGGUAGUGUCCUUGUUGGUGAAAGAAGUGGCAGGCCAAGAAAUGCUCGCACAGAGGAAAGAACCAAGGCCAUUUCAGAGUCACUCAAAAGAAGACCAAAAACGUCCAUUCGUCGCCUGUCACAGGAGCUGGAUUGCCCUUUAGUGAGUCUUCUGGGAAUUGCACAUGGUGAUGAAUGUGUCCAGCUGCUGAUCCCCAUCACGGAGAACUUCCCUGCUCUUUUGGGGCAACCUGACUUCCUGAAGCUGAGUCAGACAGAGGCAGUGAUGAAGCAGCUCAUGACCCUCCUGGAUUGCCUCAUUGGGGUCAUGCAGGGAGCCCGGCCAUCCACAGCAGAGCUACUUUUCUCUGCCAUCUACCCAAGCCUAACUCGCACUGUGGAUCUCCUCUCUGUCUAUGAGAACCAUUUCCUUGUUGUGGAUCUCAUUCUGGAACUCCUCAAUGAGAUGGCCAUCUCCAUGCUGUGUCAUCUGGACAGGCUUCAAGCAAGGCUGUUCUAUGAGCUGGCCAUCCGUGGGAUCCGGUUAUAUGCAGGGCACAACCUCCGCACUCUAGUGCGGGACCAAGCUGAGGAUGAGGAGGAAUCAUACAAGGAUGUCCUCCUCAUCAUCCAUCUCCUCACCAACAUUCUUGCCAAGGAGAUUGUCUGUGAUUUUGCUUCUGCUGAAAGCAGUGUCAGCAUGGAAAGCAGUGGGGAAGGAACAGAAGAGAUAUCAGCCUCAGCUGUCUGCCUCCAUGGGAUGCACCUCCUCAUGCCUCUUAUCAACAUGGACCUUCUGCACUAUCCCACCCUAUGCAAGGAGUUUUUCAAGAUGAUCACCUUUGUGGCUGACAUCUACCCAGAGAAGGUGUGCACCCUUCCAGGGGACCACCUGCUGAAUCUCUUCAAAUGGAUGGAGGUUGGAAUGGAGGCAUUUGGACCAGAGGUGCUCCAACAAGUCCUUGACUUCCUUCAUGCCAUCAGCAUGCAUCUUGCCUUGCACCCUCAUGUCCAGGGUCCUGCAAGGGACCUUGUCAAGGUCUUCCUCAAGGAUACAUACAAGGAGAUGGUGGAGAACCUGAUAACACAGCAGGGGGAUCCAAGCCGGGCUCAACGGUUAGCCCAGGCCUUCACUGCCCUCUUGGAUGGGAUCCACCUUGUACCUCAUCGUGCCACUCGUGCCAAGUUCCGCAACAACUUUGAAAAAUUCAUCCUUGAAGUACGCACCAUCCUGCCACCUGCAUUUGAGGAAGUGCCUGUGAUAGAUGUCCAUAUGGAGAGUGCAUCUCAGGUCUGGGUUGCACUUGAGAAGGCCAUCAAAACUGCUACUUUUCUUGCCUUGGACUGUGAAUUGAGUGGGCUUGGACCACGACGCCAGAUCAAUGCCCAUAACAUUGAGGAGCGCUACUGCAAUGUGUGUGAUGUUGCCAGGUCUCGGGGGGUGGUGGCACUUGGAGUGUCCACCUUUCGCUUCCUCAAUGUGGCAUUGGAGCCUAGGGAGUGGCGAGGAAAGAUGCGGGAUGGCACACAGUGGCAAUAUGUUGUGCAGAACUUCAAUAUCAGCACACUUAGGAGAGAUGCUUAUGUAGUUGACCCAGAGUCCAUGAAAUUUCUUGUCAUGCAUGGGUUUGAUUUCACCAAGCAGUAUCUCAAUGGCAUCCAAUACUGGUCUGGCAAUGACAGACUGAAUAAAGAGGAGGUGCCAUUUUGCCUGCGAAGGUUGUUUGCCCUCAUAAUGGCUUCAAAAGUUCCUGUUCUGGUUCACAAUGGAUUCAUUGAUCUCAUCUUUCUCUACCAACACUUCUAUGCUGAGCUGCCCAAGACAAUGGAAACAUUCCUGGCUGACCUGGUUGAGAUGUUCCCUGCUGGUGUCUUUGACACCAAGUACAUUGCUGAGUAUAUAUCCCCCCGCAUGGAUGCAUCAUUCCUUGAGUACAUUUUCAGAAAGUCUCAGCAGCUGAAUGAGGAGUUUCGCAGUCGAGGUUCAAAGCACCUGGGAUUGCUGUUCCCACACCUUGUAUCGCCACUCCACUGGGUGGAGGUGCAAGCAUGUAAGCCCAUCUUGACUCCUGGUGAUGGUCGCAAGGUGUGUCAAGACUAUGCUAAUUUUGGUUACUGUCGCAAGAAGGACUGCUCUGAUGCACAUGACAUUGAAUCAUUGCUUCAAUGGGACAUCAGACGCAUGCAGGGGAAGCGAAAGUUAAACCAAUGUGUCGACAUGGAAGAAGCAAUUGAACCAGAGGAUGAAGGUGAAAGUGAUCCUGUAGCAUUAAUUGAAAUGCCCUGCAGUGGACAUUCCCCAAUUGUCUUCACUCCUGGUAACAAGUGUCAUCGAGCUGGCUUUGAUGCCUUCAUGACAGCAUUCUCAUUUGCUUGGUUUGUGACCAGGAGGAGUGACAAUCCACUGAAACCACAAAAUGAGGAAGCCAUUAACCGGAUUUAUCUCUCUUGUAAGGACUUCCCCCUUCAAGUGCGAAAGAGUAAAUAUCAUAGCACAGCAGUUCCCAACCUAGGAGUCUCAAUGAAGCAGCUGGGCAGAAGGACCUGCAAGGACGCCAAUGAGGUAGACGAUGGCUGUAAUAAUAGAGCCAUGGACGACCUCAAGGGAGACACCCAGGAUGAGCUGAACGAGGACGUUGAGAAGUAA